AAACCCGCCGGUCAUUCUGUCAUUGUCAUCCCCAGCUUGUACCCGAAUCGAAUGCAUCUGUUGACAACAAGCGUUCGCAUCAUAAUCCUCAGCUCGUGCCUGUGAGCUUCUGUGGCCUGCGAGCCCCGAUCAUCCCCGAGCAAUCGGAUUCAACGUUACCUACGCCGGUUAAGGCAUGUCCGCGCUGUCUUCUCGGCGCUGCUCUCCAACUAGGGUAGCAACUGAUGCGGAAAGUCGAGUCACGAUCUUCAAACCCUCAAAUUCAUUUCUCCUACGGUGUCGCCAUCAUGGACCUCAGAAACCCUGAAGCGCAUAAUGGCAGCGACAGCCCACAACCUGGCCCGUUUGGCUAUUCUUUCCUUUCGCCAAUGGACACUCCGUACGAACCUGCGCCUGCACGACCGCCCGGGCCCGCUCUUCUCGACGACAACGAGUCCACUAUGCUGGACAACUUCUUCACGACGAUGAACUCCAACCAUUUCCCGAACGACUUCUGGAUGGGGGGACAGACGAACCGUUUGCUUGGGACUAGCGGGCUAGAUUGGCCAGGCGAACUACCGCCCACCUUCGAGGGCUCCACGACGUCUCUUUCACAACCAGGUCUCCCUCAUGGCAGCAUGGACAAGUCUAGCAUGGAGAUGAUGGCACCGGAGAUAAACACAAGUGCAGAUAUUUUCGCGGCUGCUUCUAUGCUAUACCACAACGGAAUCACUGGAAAUGACUUCAAUUCCAGCUUCAAUCACCACAAUUUUGCUUCUUCCGACACAGAUUUCAACAAUCCAAGAAUGAAUGGCCACGGUAAGGUCCAGGCGCCUAGCAGUCAUGGCCAGUCAAAGCAGCCGUCUCGUCGCCGCAUGCCCGUGGGGUUUCAUACGUCAGAGAUGCUGUUCGAUGUUGGAGAGCCCAUAUCACCCGAGCAACAAGUGACGGCAAAGGUGCGCCCGCUUCAUUGGGGCUCAGAUGUCGGUUUCAUGGGCCAGGGUUAUAUGGCGCCUCCGGAACAGCCUAAUGAGGAGGAUCGGACCAAAGAGCUGCUCGGUCAUCUAGUAUGCCUCGAACCCCAGAGCAGUGCAACGAACACACGCGCGCCGAGUCCCGUAACAGUAAGACACUCUGGAGGUUACGAUGCUCCGUGGGCAGAUGCCGCCGCAGCUGGCCAACUCAGCAAUUUACGGCGAGGCUUUCGGGACCACGUGGAAGAUCUCGCUCAGCCAAAGAAGAAACAGAGAACCUUAGUCAAAGAGGAAGAUGACGAAACCUCGGAUGACGAUACCUUGCGACAAAAACCCAAGAUGUCCAAAUCCUCAACUCGGCGACUAUCGCAAGAUACCAUCCAAAAACGACGGCUCUCUUCGGGGCCAAAAGCUGCGCGAGAGAACUUAACCGAAGAACAGAAAAGAAGCAACCACAUUCUCUCGGAGCAGAAGCGACGAAAUCUCAUCCGACAGGGGUUCGAUGACCUAUGCCUACUUGUCCCCGGGCUGAAAGGAGGCGGCUUUAGUAAGAGCGCGAUGCUAACUCAAGCCGCCGAUUGGUUAGAGGAGAUCUUGCGAGGCAAUGAAAUCCUCAAAGCACAGCUCGCAGAGAUGAAAUCAAUGAACGGCUUGGUCAUGCCACGAUAGCACUCAUCCAAGUUACGCGAUCACGAUUUACCAUUAUUAAUUCCCAGGUCUUGUUCAAAAGCAUGAGCUUACCUUUUGACUUUUCUGUACAUUGGAGCACUUGAGCGGUUUUCCAGUCAUCUUCCAGAUGAAACUGCAGGCGUUCUUCUCUGGCGGUCAUGAUCUGAAUCACACCUUUCCCGGCGAGGCUCUACUAGUGCGACUUUGCUUGCUGGCCUGCCGCAUGUCAUUCUUCUACCCAUAAUACCCCUUCUGGCCUAUUUUCAUCGCCACAUUUAUAUACGAUUAUAGCCGAUGCAUGUGUAACUAUAUAGCCCAAAUUCCCGAAUGUUCUACGAUCAAACUAAACACAAUAAAAUCUUCUCAAUUAUCGCCAGUACCUUGAGCGCGGCACAAGAUCAUCAAAGGUCACUUUUUUGCUUGUCUUCUAUGCAGAUGC